GUGAGGUGUGGCUCACACGAAGAUUUGUCAGUGCCUGGAAGGAUAGGAUCUGACACAGCUAGUUUUGCCUGCAAAGAGACAAUCUAGAAAGUUUGAUUGAACACCAUGUCUUUCCUGCCGUCCGGUGCCCUCUUAUGACCCCAAUGACCUCAACGUCAGUUUUGACCCCAAACCUUUCUACAGCCCUCGAGAAAAGACGAUAGCUGACCGUGUGCAUAAGCUGCAUUGGGGUGGUCUUCCAAAUGCCUACCUCACGCCUAAAGAGAAAAUCACUGCAACCACAGCCCUGAUCAGCAGCCACCAUGACAUCAAGCAUAGGGGAUGAUUGUAGCAUCUUUGAUGGGUUGAUGGAAGAAGAUGAAAAGGACAAAGCAAAACGUGUGUCCCGUAACAAAUCUGAGAAGAAACGGAGAGACCAGUUCAAUGUCCUCAUCAAGGAACUCGGCACGAUGUUGCCGGGCAACACAAGGAAGAUGGACAAGUCCACCAUCCUGCAGAAAAGCAUUGACUUCCUGUGUAAACACAAAGAGAUCGCAGCCCAGUCGGAGUCGAGCGAGAUCAGGCAGGACUGGAAACCUCCAUUUCUUAGCAAUGAGGAGUUCACCCAGCUCAUGCUGGAGGCUCUGGAUGGGUUCUUUAUAGCAAUAAUGACUGAUGGGAACAUCCUCUACGUCUCUGAGAGUGUCACCUCACUACUAGAACACCUCCCGACGGACUUGGUGGACCAGAACCUGUUAAACUUCCUGCCUGUUGGGGAACACUCCGAUGUGUAUAAGGCUCUGUCAACGCAUCCCACCGACCCAGAGAGCCUUAGCACUGAUUACCUAAAGACUAAGAACCACAUGGAGUUCUGCUGCCAUAUGCUGCGAGGGGCCAUCGACCCCAAAGAACCCCCUGUCUACGAAUAUGUUAAAUUCAUUGGCAACUUCAAGUCACUCAGCAAUGUUCCCAACAUGACGAGGAACGGGCUAGCAGGAGUGUUACAGCGGUCACUACAGCCUGCGUUCGAUGACCAGGUGUGCUUUGUAGCCACUGUUCGACUGGCCAAACCUCAAUUUAUUAAGGAGAUGUGUACAGUAGAGGAGCCAAAUGAAGAAUUCACCUCUAGGCACAGUCUAGAAUGGAAGUUCCUCUUUUUAGACCACAGAGCUCCACCAAUCAUCGGGUACCUGCCUUUCGAGGUUCUGGGGACAUCAGGGUACGACUAUUACCAUGUGGACGACCUGGAGACACUCGCCAAGUGUCACGAACACUUGAUGCAGUACGGUAAAGGGAAGUCUUGCUACUACCGUUUCCUGACUAAAGGUCAACAGUGGAUCUGGCUUCAGACGCACUACUACAUCACCUAUCACCAGUGGAACUCUAGGCCUGAAUUUAUUGUCUGCACACACACAGUAGUCAGCUAUGCAGAGGUGAGGGCAGAGCAGCGCAGAGAACUGGGCAUUGAGGAGUCCAACCCAGAAGUUACAGCAGAUAAGAGUCAGGACUCAGAAUCAGAAUCACAGCUGAACACGUCCAGCCUCAAGGAAGCUCUGGAGCGAUUUGACCGCAGCCGAACACCCUCAACCUCCUCACGCAGCUCCCGCAAGUCCUCAUCCCAUGUCUCUGACAACACUUGCACUUCAACAGCCUCGAAGCUACACAUGGACACGGCCACCCCCCCUCGGCAGUCACUGGCCUCCACCGUGGACAUGACAUCACAGCGUCGCUCAUCCAUCAGCAGCCAGUCUAUGAGCUCCCAGACCACAGGCCAGAGUGUAACACCAGGUUUGAUCGCUCAACAACAACAACAGCAACAGCAACAACAACAGCAGCAACAACAACAGCAGCAGCAACAGCAGCAGCAACAACAGCAACAACAACAGCAACAGCAACAACCACAGCAGCUACAGACAAACGUACAGCCGGUGAUGGAGUUCUCGGCGCAAGUGAAUGCUAUGCAGCAUCUAAAGGAGCAGCUGGAACAGAGGACAAGAUUGAUCCAGGCCAACAUCCAGCGGCAGCAGGACGAGCUGAGACACAUCCAAGAGCAGCUGCAGAGAGUCCAGGGACAAGGCAUACAGAUGUUGCUGCAGCAGCAGAGUGGAGCAAUGAAUGUGCAGCUCCCCCAGGUGGGGUCGGUCCAACAAGCAACUACUUUGACCAGUCAGGUCCAGCAAACAACAAUUAACCCCGUCCAUUCAGGAACUCAGCAGCUCACCAUCCAGCAGCAGGCACCACCCCCUCAACAGAACCUACAGCAGCAGACCAACGCCCUCACACAGCCCCAACGCCAGCCCCAGCAACCUUCGCAGGCUCAAGCCCAGACCCAGGGCUCUGUCUCUGCUCCACUAUACAACACUAUGAUGAUUUCCCAGCCAGGGCAACCCAACGUGCUGCAGAUCAGCACCAGCCUGCCGCAGAACAACACGCAGCAAGGCACCGCCGUGGCCACCUUCACACAGGACCGACAGAUCCGGUUCCCAGCAGGACAGCAGCUUAAGCUUGUGACCGCCCCAAUGCCGUGUGGAGCAGUCAUGGUGCCCACCUCCAUGUUCAUGGGGCAGGUGGUCACUGCGUACAACCCCUUUGGUGGUCAACAGCAGGGAGGGCAAACCCAGACCCUGACUCUCCAACCAGCCCAGCCACCCCAGGGUCAGCCCGACGGCCAAAACCAGACAACUGUAGUGGCGCAGAGUGGCCAGCAGGGGCAGCAGCAACAACAGCAGUUCCUACAGGGCACUCGUCUUCUCCACAGUAACCAGUCUACCCAGCUGAUUCUGCAGGCAGCUUUCCCUCUCCAGCAACAGGGCACCUUCACCCAGGCAACGCACCAACAGCAACCACAGCAACAACAACAACAACAACAGCAGCAGCAGCAGCAGCAGCAACAACAGCAACAGCAACAACAACAACAGCAGCAACAACAAUCUCACCACCAGAGGCACCAGCAGCAGCUGAAACCACAGCCCCAGAAACAGCAGAAAGCCCCGUCAUCGCACAGGACUGACAGUGUCAGCAGCCAACCUCAAUAAAGUCCGGAGGAAAACGUGUUAAGUCAGAAAACCUGGGGACCUGAAACUCGUAAGAGAUUGCUGCACACAUUUGCUUUGGUCGUGUGGCCAACAAACAAACUUCAUUUUCCGCGAAACUGUUGCCCUCCCUUCUUCCAUCUGAAAGAAAUAAAUCAUAGGAAAGAGGAAAGCCUGUGAGUCUGCAAGGGAACUCACCAAGGGCCGUUGCCAUGGCAACAGGAUGGAUUAUAAUCCCCUUUUCCCUCGUCGGAGGCGGAAUGGUGAGGGAGCUCUAGUCUCCGUGGAAACCCAACAGAAAUCCAGAGAACACCUUAUUGCCAUGGUAAUGACUUUUUUUUGGAAGGUGUGUCACAGUGGACUGACCUUGUACAAAUUUACUGUAUGAUAAAAAAAAAACUUGUAAAUAUCCUAUAUAGCCUAACAGGAAACAGAAAUGUAGUAUUUUAUAUGAUUGCAUGGAAAGAAUAACUGUAAGCUUUUAUUAGUCGCUUUUGAAAAAUGACUUUUUACUUUGUUCAAGUGUUUUCUGGUCAAAGACGGAGCAGUGACGUGCUCUUCUCCCACUCAGAACCCCUUCUCUCCCUCCCCUUCUCUUAAAAAAAAAAACAAAAGUCCAGAAUAAGGCUUUAAAGUUAUGUCAGUUUGUUUUUAAAAAAAUGGUUGGGCUUGGGUUUUUUUUUUGUGGAAGUUGUGUUUUUAAACACUGUCUCUGAGACAAAAAUGGCUGUUUUUAACUUUGUAAGUACACAUUAUGUUUGGCAAGAAACUAGAUUACAGUUUAACUGAAUUAUUCGCAGGAUGAUCACUGUACAUCUAACGGGUUUAGUGAUUCCAAGUGCCAAUAACAUAGUCAAUUAUGUUGUUUUUAUUUCGAGCAGACUAUUCAAAGGCGUAUAUAUAUUUUCCAACAAGAUAUUACCCCUAAUAAAGUUAAUGCGUGUGUAUAUAGUAGGGAUUAUUUUUUAACAGUCAGAGAGCCCUAUACGUAACAAACAGUAUAUCCUCAACCUCCUGAAACUUUAGCACUUGAUGUGGUUGUGUACAGUAAAUCACUGUCAAGACCUAGUCGUUUGUAAUCUGUGGUGUGAUUCUGUGAGAUAGAGUGUGUGUGUGUGUGUGUGUGUGUGUGUGUGUUUGGGAAUACAAUCUUUGUGUGCAUGAGUGGGCAUGAAGAGUGUCUGUGUUUGGUGUGUGUAUGUGUGUGUGUGCUUGUUGCCCCUUGUGUCUUACAAUAAUUGACUUAGUAAGGGUGAAGUUGAAGUUGCUGGAUGGUACUUGUAUUCUCAGGAAUGUGGAAAGUAUUUUGCUUCUGCCUCAGUCUGGAUCCAGACCAGGAAGGAUUAGACAGUGAUGCUGCAAAGACCAGAGCAACAAGUGUCAUGAAGGGUGUGGUGACUGACCUUAUUAAUACAGUGUGACGGGAGAAGUCUACAAAGAGAGUAAACGUGUGCUGUUCUUUUGUAAAGGGGAGGGCGGUUGUUGAGCUACGACGGAGUAGACUUCAUUAUACCAGCGAACCUUCAUUUCUACUAACGGUCUCAUGGUCUUCGGUCUCAUCAGUGUUUCAUCCUUCUUUCUCUUCCUAGGCCUCAGAAACCCUCAUGCAGUUCAGUUCACUCAUCUCUCAGUUCUCAAACAGCAGUUAAAACCAGGGCUGUGCCCGAGGCCAUUUCAGUUACAGGUGGAAAUGGGCUCAGCCCCUGUACUACAGUUGUAAGCCAUAUCAAACAGAAAAGCCUUGGAGUGGGGGAAGUGUAGUGGUUGGCAAAGGAGCAUUUAGAAUGUGUUGUUUUGUCUCUGAGUGUAGUAAAGACUGUGUGUGUAUGUGUGUGUGUGUGUGUGUGAUUUUAGCGUCUCCUCAUCUUGAUACUUCUUGUAUCACUCGGGGGUCAGUAUUGGUUUCCCCUGGCGAUAGCCAAUCAGUUCUUGCGUUGCAGUAUAAAGAAAUAAUUGUAAUAUUCAAGAAACUUCCUCUCCAGUUGGGCUCAGUAUUCUGCAAAGCCCGUGUGUGGGACAGCUCAACUUGAAUACAUGUUUGUGUGUGAGUGAGAGUUCGUGUGUGUGUUAACCGUCACUGUAACCCAUUAUAUUUUCAUAUGGAAACAGAUGUGUGACUGAAAAAGAAUGGAUGUUAGGCAAUGCAGAGCAUUGGUCAUGUGUCCGGCUAUAAAGAAUAUGGGCAGUGUUAUUGUUUUACAGUGACCGACUGCUCAAUAAACACUUAUCACGGCAACUACACAUCAGGCCAGUCCCAAAUGGUAACCCUCUGAGAUAAGGUUUUAAUUUAGAUUGGGAAAUUUGUGCAACAAAUCCUCUUCUUGUUCCUUGUCCACAGAUAAGGAAUAGAAGAGAAGAUUUACAGUGAGGGUGUUACUAUUUGAACCAGGUCCUCUAACCCAUCACAUAGCAAAUAUAGAUCCUCUAUAGACUAGUUUGUGUUUAAGGCAUCACUCUAAAGGGUAAUGUUGAAAUGUUUAUAGUUUGUGUCACUGAUACCCAGCCCAAAGAAUGUAAAGGUGUUUUAAAGAGACUAAUGGAUGUUUGGAUGUUGUAACUGUUGAUUAUGGAGAACCUUUUGACAGGCUUUGUGAUGAAGGAAAACGUGGGGUGUGAACGAAAAUCAUGUCUCUCACUGCAAGGAUCCACAUACAGAAUCUGAAAUACAAUCUCAUUUACAGGCUUUUGCAUUGUUAAAAGAACCUCUGAAUGUUUCACCAUGACAAACUUUUCAGAUUCAUCAACAACAACAUCUGGCUGGGAAAAAAAAAAGAAGAGUUUUAAAAGCUGUUGAAAGGUUUAGGUGUAGGAUAUUUGAAAUGGGAUAGCCCCCGGCCCCCUCCACAGAUACACAGAUCACCUUUCCACUACACAAUUUGGUUCUGAAGAGUCCUAGUUCUAGUAUAAUACUGUACACAAACACAAAGCUAAGAACACCAGUAUUCAGUGUAAAACGGUGCUAUGCUUACCUGUACUGUAUGUAUGUAUAUCCCUUCUUCUGCUCUUGAACUGUGCUCCUUUAUCUACCCCAAAGUCAAAUGUAAUAAUCAAUAUUUUGAAGCAAAAUGUUUGCUCUUAUUAUAACCCCGCCCCCUCUCCCCUCUUGGUCAAUUUGAAAAAUAAAAACAGUUGCAAAUAUUAUAUGUGA